GACAACCUUGACAAGGAAAAGCGCUUUUUAUGGUUGGGUUUCUUGUCAAUGUCGAGGCGUGAUGUCGCUCCUGGUGCGAAUGCUCAAGAAAUGAGUGAUGUGAACCAAAAUUUGUCCUACAGUUUUCGGUUGGGCAUUUCUAGUGACGUGGAGGUAUUAUAUAUGACCUAGAAUAACGAAGGAAGUAUUUUCGGCUCUAGGAUACACAAGCCUUUCGUCGAAACCAGACAUCACGAUGCAGCUCUACAGGUGUGCUGUCUUUCACUAAUGACGACUUACAUCCUGAUAUCUUACUGGACCAAGGCAUCGAAGUAGGUUUAACUCUACGAAACAUUUGGCUCUCAGGGUUUUGACUAUGAUCCUGUUCAGAAUAAAAUAUUCACUGACGAAGGAGUACGAAGGGCGUCUUAUGUAACAUAUAAUACAGUUAAUUACACUUUACAGGGAAGCAUCUUUAGGGGAGCCUCGCUAAGGCAUUUAGUACUAUUCUUCAUAGGCGUGUUUACUGGACUUUCUGCCUGCGUAAUUGAUUACGCUAUUGAAAACAUCUCGAAGUAUAAGUAUAGAUCAGUUUCAUGGCGUAUCCUUUUAAUAAACAACAUAGAGGCUCAGGUUACACUUCAACAAACUGUCUUCCUUCCUUAACCAGCGUAGUUAUCAGUCGUUACCCACAUUCUUUGUGGAUUUCUGUUCCAGGAUUUUUGUGGUGUGCAAUCAAUUCUUUCCUCACAGGUAUAGCAGCUACACUAGUCGUCUUUUUAGCUGUAUGUCAAGUUUCUGACCAAAUAUUCUUGUAGCCAGUUGCUUCUGGAAGCGGAAUCCCGCAAAUUAAAUGUUAUCUUAAUGGUCUUAAUGUUCCUCGUGUAAUGCGAUGCCUGACUAUGAUCGUAAAGGGUGUUGGUGUUAUUUUGGCGGUGUCUGGAGGUUUGGCUGUUGGAAAAGAGGGACCUAUGAUACAUAUUGGCUCGGUGAUUGCUGCAGGAUUAUCACAAGGGCGAUUGCGGUUUUUAAAAUAUUCCUUGGGUUGCUUGAAGAUUUUUAGAAAUGACCAAGAAAAACGUGAUUUUGUCAGUGCUGGUGCGGCUGCUGGGGUUGCAGCUGCUUUUGGAGCACCUGUAGGGGGUCUGUUAUUUGCCCUUGAAGAAGGCGCUAGUUUCGUUUAUCAAAGAUUAACAUGGACCAUACUCUUCGCAUCAAUGGUUUCGAUGUUUACUUUGGCUCUGUUCAAAUCACUGACUCGUACCCAUGUGUUCAAAUUUACUCCUGGUGGUCUUGUAAGCUUCGGUACCAUAGAAUCAUUAAACGAUUACAAUGCCUAUGAAAUUCUUAUGUUUUUGCUAAUGGGUCUAAUUGGUGGAUUAUCUGGAGCAUUGUUUGUGAAAGCGAAUUCAGUCCUAACAAGAUAUAGACAAAAGAACAUUACAACAAAAUAUAACAAGAUUAUAGAAGCCAUUCUGGUCAGUUCGUUAACUACCACUUUGUGUUUUUCAAUAAUGUGGGCUGUUCGUGAUUGUAGUCCAUUAGCAUAUACUAGCAGUUCUUUCCCUCUCAAAAUGAUGUGUGCGGACAACGAGUUUAAUUCAAUUUCCUCACUGUUAUUUUCAACACCUGAACGUUCUCUCCGAACUCUGCUUCACGAUCCUCCAAUGACAUACAGUAUUUCAGUGUUAACCAUAUUUGUACUCGUAUACUAUUUCUUGGCCUGCAUUACAUAUGGUUUGUCUGUUCCUACUGGUCUAUUCAUACCAUCUUUGUUGAUUGGUGCUGGCUGGGGUCGAAUCAUAGGACAUUUAAUGCAUACUAUUGAUCCAGUUCAUUUCUCCGAUCCCGGUAAAUUCGCACUGAUUGGAGCUGCUGCACAAUUAGGUGGUAUUGUUCGAACGACAUUAAGUUUAACAGUUAUUCUAAUGGAGGCAACAGGCAACGUAAUUGUUGGAUUACCUUUGCUAAUGACUUUGACUGUUGCUAAGUAUAUGGGUGAUUGUUUAAGCGAAGGGAUUUAUGAUGAACAUAUUGGAUUGAAUAGUAUGGCUUUACUUCCGUGGACACCGCAUUCUUUAUCUAUAACUAAGAGAGCUUAUGACCUGAUGUCUAAUCCAGUUGUGUUUUUAUAUCCUAUUAUGCGUGUUAGUGAAUUAGUUGAACGGGUUACAAAUAAUUUACAUCAUGGAUUUCCAGUUGUAGUGGGUUCCACAGAUUCAUCAAGAUUUUCAUAUGGUACUUUAGUUGGGAUGAUUUCUUCGGAGCAUUUAGCACUACUGUUGCAAAAACGGGCAUUUUUAUCUAAAGAUGGUAAUAUCGUAUAUUCAUUGACCUAUAAAGAUUAUGAUGAUGCUUAUCCAUCCUAUCCAAAGUUAGGUGAUGUUUUAGCUAAUUUGUCAUGUGAUGAUAUGGACGCCUACUUAGACUUGAGGCCAUACAUGUGUGAAGCGCCAUACAGUGUCCCAGAGACUAUGACAAUGACUCGUGUUUACCAUCUUUUCCGUUUAUUGGGUCUCCGGCAUCUACCGGUUGUUGAUAGUCAAAAUCAAGUUCGUGGAAUCAUUACACGGAAAGAUUUAAGACGUUUCAAAUUCGAAUUUGUUAGCGGUGAAUAUCGUGUAGAAGAGUUGAUUUUUUCACGUAAAAUGUGAUCACUACUUAAGAUCUUUUCCCUUUUCUUCUUUUUUUUUUAAACAAACAAAUAAACAUGAUUUUAAUUAUUUUCUUUGGAUCUGUUAUCAACAUUGUAUAUUUAUGCUCAUCAUCAGUAUUAACUAACCUGUUCUGAUUCUAUAUUAUUGUGAAUAAAACAUUUAUUGGAUUCACUAACUGACUAAUAAUAAUAAUAAUUAUCAUUAUUAUUAUUAUUAUUUUCACGUUAUUUACUUUUGUAUGUUUACCUAAUGAAUAUUAUCCUGUUAUUAUUAUUUUGUUUACGGUGAUUUAUUCAUGAAUUCUUAAUUUUAUUAUUAUUAGCCAUUUCUUUUGUAUAAUUGUAUACUUUCAAAUUAAUGAAAUGAAUUAUUACAUCGUUUAUAUAUUCCCCUCCGAGCACUACCAUAUUAAUACUGAAAUCACGAAUGUAAAAUUAUGUAUACAUAUUAAGUAAAUAAAUUUUAUGAUUAUUAUUAUU